AUGAAAAAAUUCGGCAAAAAUGUAUACUAUGGCCCUGUACCAGAAGUAACUAGCACCAAGCCAAUCGAUCUCAGAAAGCGAAAGUAUGACUUCAUAAGUAAAUCAAUCGACGAGUGGCUUCUGCCAACGGAGAAUUAUCCCAUACAGGGUGAUGUCAGUUACAAGGAAAGUUUGUACGGUGACAGCAAAUUGUACACUUUCGCCAAUCUGGCCUAUGAUAAGAUUUACGAAGUCGGUUGCAAUUAUGAAGAAUGUGGCACUGGAAGUAACAUCCACGCUUCGCUUAUUUGUGUCUACAAUAAAAAGAGUUCCUGA